ACGUGUCUAUUAUAGUGUGAAUGCAUUUAUUACAAUGCUUCUCCUUUAAUAUAUAAGGGAUUUUCGUUAGAGCAAAGGAUCAUAAUAAUUAAUUUAUUAUUUUAUAAUCGUGUACUUGUGAUUUUCUUUGGAAUAUGUAUCUUAAUUUAAAACUUUUUAAAUACUUAUCAUGUUUAAAUUAAUAAUUAUUUUACUUCUUAACCAAUUUUCAAGAAAAAUAAAAAACUUAAUUUGACUAUAGAAUUUAGAUUCGUGAUUAAUUUUCUUGGAAAAAAGUAAACAGGUAAAAAAAUCAUUCCAUGAAAUAUAUAUAUAUUUUGAAAUGAUCAUUCCAUCUAAGUAAAUCACGGAGAAACGAUUCCAGCGAGAAACCAUGGAUACUCCUCCUAACUGCGACCGCGGGCAUUGGUCGGAGCUCCCAAUGGACUUGUUGAGAUGCCUGUUGGAACGUUUGAGUUUUGUAGAUUUCCACUGUGCUAAGAUGGUGUGUUCGAACUGGUACUUGUGUUCCAAGCAGACGUUGGGGUCAAAAGCCGGAUCUCCAAUGCUGAUAAUGUCUGAAAAAGAGGGUAGUUAUCGUCUGUACAACCCAGAGGAAGAUAGGGUUUAUGAGGCGAAAAGUAACUAUCGAUUCCUAGGAAGCUCAGGUAAGUGGUUCCUUGUUGUAGAUUCCAGAUCAGAUCUACAUAUCAUAAACGUGUUUAGCAAUGAGAGGAUCCGUCUUCCACCUCUAGAGACAGUCAAGAGUUCUCUUUAUAAGAUUGAGCGAUUAGGAGGAGAUAAGGGGUUCAAUGAGUUUAUUAUUAUUGAACAUGAGAAGUUCUCUUCUGGGAAUCUAGUAACUGCUGAAGAUCUGAGAGCUGUGUUGUGGGUAGACGAGAAGAAGGGUGACUACUUUGUUGUGUGGCGUUUUGAAGAAUGUCCGUAUCUAAGAUUUUGCAAGAAAGGGGAUGUUCAUUACCAUGAGAUUUCAACACGGUUCGAUGUACAGUCCGGAGGCCUAAAAGAUGUGGUACUUAAAGGUAACAGUCUUUACGUCCAAACGGAACAUGGCUACAUUCGACACCUGGAUUUGUCGGGACAACAUAGUUUUGAGGAUGUGUGGGUGAUCAAUUGGCAUCCAGUGAGAAUGGGAGGAUACAGGAUCAUCUCAUUUAGCAAUAACUUUGCUGUUACAACAUCAGGAGAGGUUUUGUCGGUCCUUGCAAUAACUUCCGAGUCUAGCUUUGAAAGGAAUAGGACGUUCCACCUCUACAAGAAGCAAGACACCAAGCUUAUUAAGGUGGAUUCUCUAGGCGAUGAGGCCUUGUUUCUCGAUUUUGGUAUCACCGUGCCUGCUGACCACACCCUUGGUAUUGAGCCAAACUCCAUCUAUUUCACCCGUGAUGACCGUUUCCGUCACAAGAGAGUUUCAUGUAUUGACAUAUGUGUCUACAAUCUUGCAACAAAGACCAUCAAACGCUUCCCUAGUCUCUAUAACUUAAAGCUCAAGGAUGCUCAAUGGUUUCUCCCCUCUUGAUUUAUUUUUUUUCCGUCUUGCAUAGUCUUGGUGUUCUAUGAGAGAUUAUCUUGCGUUGGUGUUUCCUUGCUUUGUUUAUUUCUGGUGCAUUCUUGUGUUCUUGAUACAUUUCCAAACUCUGCCGUGUUAUCCUAUUUCUUUGGAUAUAUAUAUAUAUAAUCUAUGAAAA